AUGUUGUCUCAAGUUGAUCUCGCGAGGGAAGCUUCUCAUUUGAGCCGGUUUAUAUAUAACUUCCGGAGAUGGAAAGAUGUCUCUUUUCCUAAACCUGUGUAUCCGCUUGUACAUCCUGCUGUUUUGGUUGAGACAUAUGAGCACGGAGAAAGCGUGGCACGUUACGUUGAUGGCAUGGAAGGACAUGAAUGGAUCAAGACUAGAUUGGCUCACAUCGGGACUCAUGCCCUCUUGAAGAUGCUCCUGGUUGAUAACUUUAUUCACGCUGACAUGCAUCCGGGAAACAUCCUUGUCCGGAAAAAGGCUUCCCGAGGAGGACUGUUCAAGACGAAGAAGCCACACAUCGUUUUCCUUGACGUGGGAAUGACUGCAGAGCUCUCAAAGAACGACCGAGAGAACUUACUUGAGUUUUUCAAGGCGGUUGCGCUUAGGGAUGGCCGGACUGCUGCUCUGAGAACACUUAAAUUAUCAAGAAAGCAAAAUUGUCCCAAUCCAGAAGCUUUUAUCGAGGAAGUAGAAGAAGCAUUCAAAUUCUGGGGAACCCCUGAGGGAGAUUUAGUACAUCCAGCAGAUUGCAUGCACGAAUUACUUGAGAAAGUAAGACGUCAUAGAGUUAAUGUUGACGGAAAUGUAUGCACCGUGAUGGUCACAACAUUAGUUCUCGAGGGUUGGCAACGGAAGCUCGAUCCAGGAUACGAUGUGAUGCACACGCUGCAAACAAUGGUGCUGAAAACCGACUGGGCUAAGUCUCUUUCUUACACGGUGGAUGGUCUGAUGGCGCCGUAG